AUGUUUUCAUUAUUGAGUUCAGACGAUAUGCGGUUAAAACGUAAAAAUCCUGAUGAAUUGUGGAAUGAAGCUAUGAAGUCCAUAUUGAAUACAUUUGAAACGGAAGAUUGGUCGGCUGUUGAAAAUAAAUGGGAUAAAUAUAGUUUAGAUUCGUAUUUAAACGAAAUUGGUUUAUCUCGUGCAGCUAUUGAUUAUAUGGCUUUAAUGUUAAAUUUCGAAACAAAUUUAUUUAUUUCAGUACUAGAAGGUAUACGUGAUAGAUUAAUGAUUAAUGAUGAUACACUAUUUUAUCAUAUUCAAGGUGGUAAUGAUUUAUUGAUUGAAUCAUUAAAGUCAGAAUGUUUAUUAAUUGAAAAUAAACGUUGUUCAAUAGUCUAUAACACAGAGAUAACAAAACUGCAAUUAUAUGAUCAGGCAACAACAAGUAGUAUUACUGUGACAUGGAAAGCGAAUACAAGUGAAGUUUAUGGCUCUGUUAUUGUUUCUACAACAGCUAAAUCGUCUCAAUUAAUUGCAUUUAAUGAACGAGAAGAUUUUCUAGAUAAAUAUCGUUCAAUGAGACAAUUACAUUAUGAUUAUGGUGGUGGUGCAAUAAUCGCUUCCUAUACAUGGUCACAAGAUUCAAUGCUAUGGCAAUCAGUAUCGGAACAAAAUGCAAUAGAUUUAGCAUUAAAACAAAUCAUGGAAAUACAUCGUUUAUCAUUUGAAAUACAAAAAUAUUUUCAAGGUGGCAAAAUUAAACAUUGGUGUGAUGAUGAAUAUACGCAUGGAGCAUUUGCUUUGUUUACACCGUUACAAGAAAGUGAUAUUUUUGAUAAUUUACAAGCAUCUGUUUUCAAUGUGCAUUUUAUGGGUGAACAUACAAGUACAUUGCAUGGAUGGAUAGAAGAGUCUUUACUAUCAGCAGUACGUACUGCAUUAGUUAUUCAAGAAGAAACAUUUGAUGUUGUAAUUAUUGGUGGGGGACCCAUCGGUUUAACAACGGCUGUUAGUCUUUGGUUAAAACAGCCAACAUUGCGUAUAGUUAUACUAGAACAAUACCAAAUAGGUGAGUCACAAGGUAGCUCCGGUGCAUUUGAUGUACGGCAGUUUAGACAGAUGUAUAAUGAACCAUAUUUAGCUGAAUUAGCUAAUUUAUCUUUUUCAUUAUGGCGUCAAUUAGAAAAUAUGGCCAAUCUAUCCUACGGUUCAAUAUUAAAUUCAGAAAAUGAUUAUUUAUUUUAUGGUGAUUUUAUUGCAGGUCAGAAUACAGUUGAAGGUGAUUUAGCAUCAAUUGAGAAAACAUGUCAGCAAUUACAAAUGGAUUGUUUACGAAUGAAUAAUAGUGAAUUAAAACAAAGAUUUUCCUCAUUUACAUUUCAACAACAAUAUGAAGGUUUAUUUCAUAACAAAUCUGGUUUUAUUAAUGUUACAACGUUGAUGAAAGCUCUUUAUCAAAUUAUAAUACAAACUAAACAUAUUACUAUUCGUGAAAAUGAAUAG